AUGGCUAUUGGGCCCAAUCCCAAAGAUUCCAUGAAGUCGACCUGGCGUCGCGCUGACCGGAAGGAAUGGAAUCAUAACCACUGGGCCAUUGAGUUACUCAAUGUUCAUCCACUCGAACUCGACAAGGCGGUCCCUGUGCACCCCAAAGAUGACAAAGUGCCCUUCAUGCCUCAGUGGUCCCUUCAUCGCUGGGUGCUCUUCUACGCCGCCUUCCCACUCCUUGUCCACCAGGCCUAUACAGCCUACACGGGCAAGAGCGUGGGCCCAUUUGCCGUCUUCAACCUCUACUUCUUCGCCUUCAACGCCACCGUCAUCUACCAGGUGCACGUCCUCCGUCGUCUCGGCCACAUCUACGGAUUCCUCGACGGAGACCAGCACGAACGAGACGGCAUCCCCGACGUCGGCAUCGGCAAGGUCGUCACCUCCCUCUACAAGACCACAGGCUCCCGAAUCGCCCUCGCCAUUUGGCUCGCCCACGACCGUACCCAACUCCCCUCGGAGCUAAACUGGGCCUGGCUCCCGCUGGAAAUCGGUCUGUACGGAAUCGUCCUCGACUUCUGGUUCUACUGGUACCACCGCAUCAUGCACGAUGUCAGCUUCCUAUGGAAAUUCCACCGCACUCACCAUCUCACCAAACAUCCCAACCCGCUCCUAGCUGCCUACGCCGACCACGAACAGGAAUUCUUCGACAUGGUAGGCGUCCCGUUCAUGACCUACGCCAGUCUUCGUCUCAUGGGCCUUCCCAUGGGAUUCUACGAAUGGUGGGUCUGUCAUCAAUACGUCGCCUUCGCUGAAGUCUUCGGCCACAGCGGUCUCCGUUUGCAUCUGACCGUACCGUCCACGCUCAGCUGGGUAUUCCAAAUCCUGGACGCUGAUAUCGUCAUCGAAGACCAUGAUCUGCAUCAUCGGAAGGGGUGGCGCAAGAGUCAUAACUACGGGAAACAGACACGUCUCUGGGAUCGCAUCUUCGGUACUUGUCAUGAGCGUAUCGAAUCUGCUGCGGAUAAUAUCGAUUAUGUGAAUACUGCUAAGAUGCCGCUUUUUUGA